ACAUGUAACUCCCUCCGCUUUCCUAUUCACGUCGUCUAUGUUUUCUGGACUCAGAGAACCCAAAACCUCUCAAGUCUCAACCGUUACCUUCAAUUCCCGCCAUCUACAACUUUUUAUUUCUUAUUCUUCUUCUUUAAACAUAAUAAUUUAAUCAAAAAAACCCUAAUUUUUCUUACCGUCAUCAUUUUCUUCAAUAUAAAUGGACGAAAUUGUUAAUUCAGCACUUGAAGGGAUAUGUUCACAAGGUAUUAAUGGAAUUUCAAUCUCCCUCUUAUGGCCACGACUCCGUAAUUUUUUGUCUUCUUCUGGGGACCUUUGCCCCGACGUUAAACGGGCUAUCUGGUCAAGUCUUAUUAAUGUUCCGGGUCUUCAAUUUAAGGACCAAAAUGCAUCUGAAUUUGACCCGAAAGUAAAACCGUUUGAUGAAAUUGAGAAUUUGGGUGUAAAGGUUUUUGCAAAUGAGCAACUUCGGCGGUGCUUUGUUGGGCUAUAUGAUGUCAAGGCUUCGAAUAUCACUCCUUCUCAACAGCGUGUUCUUGAGCGUCUGGCUCUUGCAAGAGAGAAUGGAGUAACACAGCAUCAACUUAGCAAGGAACUUGAAAUUGCUCCUAAUAGUUUCUUUUAUGUGGUCAAGAGGCUCGAGUCCUGGGGUUUGAUUACUCGGCAGUCAACUAUAGUGAGAACAAAAGAAGCUUCCUGCGGUAAGGAGCCAAAGAAUAGUAAUCCAAUGCAUACCAAUUUGAUUCACUUACAUCGUUAUGCAUUGCCCUUGAGCUCUCAACAAAGACUUGAGAUUACAAAAGAGAAUAUUAAUUCUGAAGAAAAGCUUGGAGAGAAUCAGAAUGACAGUGGAGGAGACCGCCUUGAAGAAUGUGGUCAAGAUGAUAUGCUAGUCAAUGAUUUCUUGCCUGAUAUUAAAGCUGUUUGUGACAGACUUGAGCAAGCUGAAGGAAAGGUCUGCUAUAUUGGAAUUGUCUACAAUCUGCUUAGUUUUUGUGAAGCCAAUAAUGUUUUGGUGGUCUCGGAUAUUAAACGGGAACUUGGUUAUCGAGAAGCGCGAGGACAUAGAGCUUGGAGAAAUAUUCUGAAAAGGUUGAAGCAGGCUGGUCUUGUUGAUGUUUUUGAGGCAAAAGUAGAGAGCAAAGUGGAAGCCCCUACAAAACCGAAAAAGAGAAAAUCCGGGGGGCAAAACAAGCCUGUCAGUUGUUUGCGACUGCUGAAGCAAUUUUCUCGGAAACUUUUCCAACAAAAGAUUUCAGAUUGCCAGGAUGACAAUCUUGUAUCAGAGCAGACUAUCACAUCGGGAAACAAAGUUCAAAGCACAGAUCAGCUUGUAGAGCUUCCUCUCGAGCAACAAAUUUUUGACAUGAUUGAUAAGGAAGGAUCAAAGGGGCUGCUUGGAGUUGACGUUUGUAGAAGGCUUGGUAUCAGCUCUAGAAUGCUCGAUAAUUUAUCCAAUACGAUGGUUUCACGGUUUGGUUUGCAUCAGGUUUCAGAAAACCGUAAAAAAGGGUCAGCAUAUCGAUUUUGGACGAGAGGAAAUUUCUGCCCUGAUUUGCCUAAUCCUCCAUCUAAAGGAUUGCCUCAUGAUCCUGAUGGUCAUCAAUCAGCUUCAGCCCCAGUUCUGGAGCCACCCCAAAAUGUAAACUCCCAAAGACCCAUUGCUGACAUGGCUUCCUUAUACUCACAAAAAUGGCUAAUUGAUGAAAAUGAGGAAAACAAGGAUGCUGAGAAGAACCUUAAGCAUGACUCUCAGCAAGGAAGUGGAUCAAGCCAAAUGUGUCUUGGAGGUUCUCCGGGUUUGGCCAAUAAUGUUAUGAACAAGGUUGUGCCUGGUUCAACUAGUGAAAUUGAAUCAACUGAGGCUGCAGAUAAUAAUCCAUCCUCCAAGCCGACUAAACUUAAAAAAAGCCUGAGAUAUCCAUCGCUGACUAGGUCCCAAAGAGAGAUACGGAUACUUGAAAGACUCAAGGAGGAGAAAAUUGUCAUAAAACCUGAACUCCAGCAGUGGCUCGAGAGUUUUGAGAAGGACAAGAAGACUAGAAUGGGCAGUAGAACCUUGACUCACUGUGUCAAGAAACUUGAGCAGGAAGGGAAGUGUAAACUCAUGGUCUUUAGUAUACCAGCUGUCACUAAUUGUGGCCAUCACCGUGAAAUAUUUGUAAUCCUUCAUCCGUCUGUUAAAGGUUCAGCUAAUGAAUUGUCAGACCAAGUGAUGGAUAGACUGAAAUCCUUUGAGAUGAAAACUCGUGGAGCUGUUUCUCUUUCAAAGAAGAAUGUUCCCGUCCCUGAACUAAUUGGCAUUGAGAGAAUUCCUCCAAAUGCAAACUCAGAUACUCAAAGUACUAAGUCAGAAGUUAUGCGAGCUAAUGGAUUUGUCUUGGCUAAAAUGGUUCGUGUAAAGCUCCUUCAUCGUUUUUUAUGGGAUCAUGUGAAUAACUCUGCCACAUGUAAUGCGGUAUCAUCAUCAUCAUCGACUAAAAAUGGGGAUCACUCAAGAAACCCACACAGUUCAUGUGUAUUGUUUGGGUUGGAUACUGCUAUCAAGGCUAUGCCUUUUGAGUUAUUUUUGCAAGUGGUUGGUUCUCCUCUUAAAUGGACUAAUAUGAUUGAGAAGUGCAAGAAUGGUCAUCUUCUGUCUGAUUUUCCUGAUGAGGAAUACAGAAGUCUGAUGGAUCACCGAGCAAAUGGAAGACUAUCAUGGCUUAUUAAUAUUUUGCGGCGUCUCAAGCUAAUCCGGAUGGUAGCUGAGGAAUGUGACACGGAUGCAGCCAAGAUCUUACAUGCCAACCUUAUAUAUGCGUUAGAGCUAAAACCUUACAUUGAAGAACCACCAUCUAUGGACUUUCUGCUUCAGGGCUCUGGUUCUGUGGACUGUAGACAGCAUUUGAGGCACGACUUUUUGUUGUCCACCAGCGAAGCUGUUGAAAAAUAUUGGAAGACUUUGGAGUAUUUUUAUGCUGUGGCUGAUCCAAAAGCUGCUGUGCUUGCAUUCCCUGGAUCUGUGGUUUCUGAGGUAUGUCUCUGUCGAUCCUGGAAUACAAUUAGGCUUAUGAAGGCGGAGCAACGUGCUGAUCUCCUCAAGCGCAUAAAGGAUCAGCAAAGCAGAAGGCUCAGCUUUCAGGAGUGUGGCGAAAUCGCCAAGGAUCUUAAUCUUUCUUUAGAGCAGGUUCUUGGUGUAUACUAUGAUAAUAGGCAGAAGAGUCUUAAUAGGAUCCAGGGAGAUUUGGAUAUUCAACGUGAACCAUGUCGCAAACGGAAAAUUACUCUUGAAGAUAGGCCGCCAAAGCAUCCAGAAGCCAAUCUACCAAGCGAAUCCUGUGAAGAUGGUGACAUCGAGAAGAAGCAUACGUGUAAACAAAAGUUCUUCUGGACAGAGGAAGCAGACAGACAAUUACUAAUUCAGUAUGCAAGACAAAGAGCAAUGCAAGGUGCUAGGCGUGGCACAGACUGGUCCUUAAUUAGUGACCUUCCCGCCCCUCCAAAUGCAUGUUGUAGAAGAGUAUCUUUCCUGAAGAGAGACGUAAUGUUCAGAAAAUCUUUGAUGAGGCUUUGUAACUUGCUUACUCAACGGUAUGCUCAGAAGUUGGAUCGUGAAAGUAAAUUAAAUGGAAAUGAGUUUGGUCAAGGGUUCGAUUCUCAGUGUCAACGCUGGGAUGAUUUUGAUGAUAGUAAGGUUAAGUCAGCUCUUCAAGAGGUUCUUACGCUUAAGAAGAUAAUGAAAUUGGACCCUACCAAGAGAAGUGAAUCUGCUGCUCAGGACUCCUUUAAUCCCACCACAACUAGUCGUGAGCUUGACGACAAUUCUGAAAGACAAAAAACAUGUUCCAGUCGUAGAUCUUGGCACCAUCGCCUUCCUAAGAAGUUUGUCAUGCAUUUGAAAAAGAGGGUUAGUGCUACGAAGAAAAUAAAUCAGUCUCUAGCUAGUUCUUGUGCUGUUGAGCUUUUUAAGCUGGUCUUCUUGUCCAACUCAAAAGUGGCAGAAUUUCCAAAUUUACUGGAGAAAACAUUACGUUGCUACUCAGAGCAUGAUCUUUUCUCGGCUUUUGACUAUCUCAGGCAGAAGAAAAUCUUGGUUGGAGGUGGUACCGGCCACCCAUUUUUUUUGUCUCAAAAUUUCUUAAGUGCUAUGUCUUUGAGUAAAUUUCCAGCAAACACGGGGAAGCGAGCCACUAAGUUCGCAAGGUGGUUAAGUGAAAAAGAGAAGGAUCUGAUGGAAAGGAAGGUUGAUCUUCCUUUAGAUGGGCAGUGUGGAGAUGUUCUCCAUUUGUUUGCUUUAGUUUAUUCCGGAGAGUUGUCUAUUUUGCCUGUUUUGCCUCUUGAAGGUGUUGGAGAGGCUGAAGACUCUAGAGGUACAAAACGCAUAUAUGAUGACCAUGAAAUUGAGGACGAACGUGCGAGCAAAAAACUCAAAUGCCAUUCUUCGCAAGAUUCUGACAUCUAUUCCCGACGAGAGAAAGGCUUCCCGGGUUUAAAAGUUUCUCUAAGUCGAGCCACAAUUUUGAGGCCUAGAGUAGUUGAGAUUUCCAAAGAUGAAGAUUAUGCAACCCUGAACCGUAAAGAUGAUCAAUCUUAUCCGACUGUUGGUGAAAAAGUUAGCUGCCCAUCAUCUUCCAUUAAUAGUGUCGAAGAACCCCCUGAUUUUGGCAGUGUUGUUCCAGCUACUGUUAUUUCUGGUGAAUCCAUAUGGGAAGCUACGACAAAAUACCUUAUCCAUGAUCUUUGCAAACUUAAUAACCAGAUACAUGUUCAACUGCAUCCAGAGCAUAUCAAAGCUGUAUACACGAGUGUUAAGAAAGCUGGUGACCAGGGUUUGAGCAUGUCGAAGAUUUCCGAGUGCUUGGGCAUGGAAUGCUCCAUUAUAGCUGAACAUGUUGUUGACACGCUUCAAUCAUUUGGCCUUGUAUUGAGGGUCAAUGGCUACAAUUGUGUCCAUGUUGUCGAUGGUAAAUAUCUUACCAAGUACUUUUUGACCUCAAAGCCGGCUUGUUCUCUUGGUGUUGCUUCAUCCUUAGUCCCGAGGGAGGAGACACAAAUGGUUGAAGAGAGUGAAAAUUGUGAAAACAUAGCAAAUCGCAUAGAUGACAUUGAAUCACAUGCUACAAACUCAUCCGGAGAGGGUCUACCACCCUCAAAUGCCAUCCAUGCUCGUAAGGAGCUUAAAGGAUGCAGCACAACGAAUUGUACAUCCACUGGUGGGAGAAAGGAGAACCAAACCUUUGGUAACUCAACAUUUCAGCCGAUAUUGCCUUGGAUCAACGGGGAUGGAACGAUCAAUGGGAUUGUCCACAGAGGGCUUACACGUCGUAUACUUGGUAUUGUGUGUCAAAAUCCCGGCAUACUAGAGGAUAAUAUCGUUGGUCAAAUGGAAGCAGUACUAAAUCCACAGAGUUGUCGAACGCUUUUGGAGUCGAUGAUUUUGAAUAAACAUGUCAUUGUGCGGAAGAUGAUUCAAAGCACUUCUUCAACACCUCCUGCAUUGUUGGAAAACCUCUUUUACACCCAUUUUGAGAAAUCUAAGUUUGUUUCUCGACAACACUACUUCGCAAAUCCGAUGAGAAGUUCAUUAUUGUGAUAUUUGUAUAGAGAUAGUAAAAGUUAUAAUCUGAUUUUGAUCCAAAUAUUUAUGAUAUUCGAAAAUCCGGAUAUUCGAAUAUUAAAUGUUAGCUUAUUCCUUAAUUAAAAAAAUAGCCAAUUUUCAUUUAAAGUUAAGAGUUUUUUUCUCUCUAUUUAGUUUAACGUUAAGUACAUAAUGUAAUAAACAUACAUUUAGGAUAUUAAAUCAUACAAUCACUCAACAUAGUUGUUGGCUUGCUGCCACUGGUAUAAUGCCUACUAUUGCAUUUUAGAAUGCUACUAUGACAAAGAAAAUUUGAAACAAAUUAGUAAUUUUCAAAAAAAAAAAAAAAACAUAAACUCAAUUUCAAAAAUAAGCAUCUUUGUGUCUGAGCUUAAUGUUAGAUAUGGUUACAAUUUGGAUUAUUAUCAAGUUUUAUUCUAAAUGUAAUUCGAACCUAAGGUCAAGUAUAUUCGCAGUUUGGAUAAUUGUCAUAACAUAUGAAGGGUGGAUAAUUCGACAUUGCUCCAGAAUACACUUGGGUUACAAGUUCAGUUUACCUCCACUCAUAGUCGAAU